GCACCCUUAGUAGGCACCCGCAUUGCAACACAACAUAACCUCAAAAUUGUGAAGGAUAUUAGUGGGUGAAUUCAAAAUCGUUUUCAACAUUUUCAAGAAGCAUUGUUUUUGUAAAAAAAAAUAUAUUUAAGAAUAAAAAACAUUUAUUGAGAAAGCAAAACAUUCGGAAAGUGUGAAAAGAACUUUUAAAAAAUUGAAAAAGAAAAUGAGAAAAGUAGACAUUGGCUUUGUUGAAAGUUGUGAAUCUUGGGAGGUAGAAAGUAGAUUUUUUCCAAGCAAAAUAGGAGGUAAACCUGCGUGGCUGGAUUUGAAAAAUUUACCAGAAUACAGUCAAAUUGCAUGUGAUUAUUGUAAAAAUCCCUGCAUUUUUUUAUGUCAGAUCUACGCUCCCUAUACUGAAGAAGAAAAAGCUUUCCAUAGAACGUUGUUUAUUUUUAUCUGUCGAGAUCCAAAUUGCUGUAAAGCCAAUGAGAAUGGGAAUUUAAAAGUUUUUCGCUCACAACUGCAAAGGAUUAAUGAAUAUUAUCCUCCUAAUCCUCCGGAAGAAAAUGAAAAUUGGAGAAAAGAUAUUCAAAUUGAAAAAUGGCGAAAAACUUGCCAGGUUUGCGGAAUUGUUGCAAAUAGCCACUGCGCAAAAUGCAAGAAAACAAAUUACUGCUGUCGAGCUCAUCAAAUAAUUGACUGGAAAAGUGUUCAUAAGAAAUAUUGUGGUUCUGAUGAAAAUAUUACAUCGACAGAUAUUGUAUUUCCUCAAUUUGAACUUGUUAUGGAAGAAGAAAAUGAUGAUGAUGGUGAUGAUGAUGAUGAUGAUAAUGAUAGUGAAAAAGAAGAAAAUGAAAUAGUUUCUAACGAUAACAGUGAAGAAAAUUGUCUGAAAAAAAGUACAUAUGACAAACUAGUGGGAAGUUUGCAGAAUGUAGAUGACGUGGAUUUAGAUUUAAUGAACUUUGCCAACAAUAAGGAAGAUACAUCAUUUCUGAAAUUUAAGAAUCGAAUACAAAGUAAUCCAGAUCAAGUUAUAAGGUACGAUAGAGGGGGCUCUCCUUUAUAUAUUUCGUCAUUGAAUCAUGCUCAAAAUAUUCCGAAAUGUGAGGAAUGUAAUGGAGACAGACAGUUUGAAUUUCAGAUAAUGCCACAAAUGUUACACCAUCUGAAAGUCGAGGAUUCUCUAACAAGUCUUGAUUGGGGAAUUAUAGCAAUAUUCACUUGUAAAAGAUCUUGUACCCCUAAAGCUGGGUAUGCAUCCGAGUACAUUUGGAAACAGGACAUUACCGAAUGUUGAAGUUUUCAUUUUAUUGAAACGUAAAUAACAGAAUAUUUGUAUUUAUAUUUUUAAAUAAAAUUUUGUACAUACCUGAUAAGA